AUGUCUCAACCUUUAAAAGGAAAACACAGCAUUGCCCGAACAUCUAAAUCCGAAAAAAGACUUAUCGAUGAAAAACACAACGCUGCAUUUAUCCUCGGCAUGCAGGCAAUCCUCAUUACGCAAGGAUAUACGGUUGUGUUUCACAAGCCUUCCAAAACAAAAACAUUAAGUAUGAAAUUGCUCACUGCAUCUAUAUGGAGUCCAGAUAACAGAGAGGUGUUCAAUGAUCAAGUAAACCAGCUUAUUUUUGAGCAUAAAAAAUCUCUUCUUGGUGGAAAUCACACAACCAAUAAGCUCAAUAGGUUGUAUCACGAAAAAUAUUCAAAUAUUAAGAAGUGUUUAUGUCAAGCACUUGUUGAUACAAACAUAUUCACCUUCGUCAAAAAUGAACUUAGUGUAUCACCUUUUACAAAAUCUGGAUUGUCUCUUAAAAAAUUUAGUAGGAUGCGUGUCGGAGAGGUGGAAAAAACCAAAGAAGAAGUCGAAAGAUAUGGGACGGGAUUAUACGGGAAGGUAACUGAAGUCAUGUAUAAAGAUUACACAACAAGAUGUACAUUAUAUCAAGUUGAUACAGAUCAAAAUGAUGAUUUUAGAUGUGUAUGUUUACCACCUCCAACUGGAAAGGGUAUGCGUUCAAGUAAAGAAAAAACAGUAGAAGAAAGACCAACGUCAUUUGAACAUAUUAAAAAUGAAAGCAUCUGUCAAUCAACACCUAUUUGCGAAUUGUGUAAUAGUGGUGUUACUUUUACGCGACAAGACAAACCCAUUGAAAAAAAAGAUGUGAAAGAAAUGUCUUAUUUGGAUAAUGACAUACCAACACAACAACUGCCUCAUCAAUUCGACACGCAACAAUUUCAACAACCUUUCCAGUUCUCUUUCCAUUACGCUCCUGAAAUACCAGAUGAUUCUUUUAUCCAACAGACAAACCCGCCUUCUUUUGAAAAUUGA